UUUUUUGGGGAGGCCGGCGAAGCGAUAUAUAGCUUCCGACCGGUCAAGUUCCGCAAGCGUCGGCGCCUUCUUCUUCUUCUUCUUCUCAGCGCCGUCGUCCUCCUCAAGGCUCAAGCAGCGGCAGAAGUCUCUCUAUGCCGGGACCGUCUCCACGCCAGAAACCCUAAACCCGAUCGUUCGCCAUUGCCGAUUCGCUCUCUCUCUCUCUCUCUCUCUCUCUCUCUCUCUCUCGCUCUCGCUCGGAGGAAGCGGUCGGGAGCGAACAAGAUGGAAGGAGGAGGUAUCGCGGAGGAGGAGGAGCGGCGGCAGGCGGCGAAGAACAGACCGAAGAGGCGGAACCGCCAGGAUUUCGCUCCCUUCGGCAACUACAGACACUACUACGGCUAUCGCGUAAGUGAGGAAUUGGAUGAAGAUCCGCGGUUGAAAGUGUUGAAGGAGGAGUGGUUCGAAGGCAAGGAUUGUCUCGACAUCGGCUGCAACAAUGGGCUUGUCACUAUCCACGUUGCAAAAAAGUUUUGCUGCCAGAGCAUUUUGGGAAUUGACAUCGACUCAAACCGAAUUGAGGAUGCUAAUUGGAUCCUCAGGAAAACUGUAAGAAUGCAAUCUGCUGGUAAGAGCCAUUCAAAGACUUUGCAAUCAGGGGCUGAAGAGAGACCAGUUGAUGAUGCCCAAGACCUUAGCAUGUCAAAAGAUGGGGAAACAAGGAAAAGUACAAAGAACCAGUCUCUUUCAGAGAAGACAGAUCUCUUUGAGAUUGUGUCUUUCCGGCGGGAAAAUUUUGUUCUAGCUCGGGCUGAUGCUCAUGAAAGUUAUGAUACCAUUCUUUGUUUGAGCGUGACGAAGUGGAUUCAUCUGAAUUGGGGUGAUGAGGGGCUAAUUACUUUGUUUUCAAAGGUCUGGCAACUUCUUCGACAGGGUGGCAUUUUUAUCUUGGAGCCUCAACCUUGGCGUUCAUAUGAAAAAAAUCGUCUGGUGUCCGAGACAACAGCCGCGAAUUAUGACAAGAUCAUGUAUCCACCGGAGGAUUUUCAGGACAUACUUCUUGAUAAGAUAGGCUUUAGGACGGUAGAGGACCUUACCUCCGGUUUGUCAGGGACCAAUGCCGGAUUCAAUAGACCAGUAUUGGCAUUCCGGAAAUAACUGAACGGGGAAAGCUGCAAUUUUGCACUGAAGUUUGGUACUCGCGGCAAAGUCCAUCUCAUGGGGAAGAUG